UAACAUGGCUAUGUCUUUUACUCAACUCCAAGUCCUGAAUUGCCUGCCAAAUAAUCCAACAACUGAAAUCACAGCUCACGAAACAGCAUUGGCUUGUGCUGAUGCACCGGUGGUUCAUUCUAUAAAAAAUUUUGACGUGAUAGGAUCUCUGAAAUUAGAUAACAAAACAAUUAUUCGUCGUCUAUCUGUUGAUUCGUGUGUCAAUAGCUUGCCAGAUUGGAAGGAAAAUGCAACUAUUCAUUUUGAUCGAUUCCUUCGCAACAAACAAUUCUACCUUUCCUACACAGAUGUCGAAGGACACCCAUGGACUAUAGACUCGGACGAGAAACUUGAAGCAGCAUUAAGAUUACAUCGGCAGAAGCUCUCUGACCUUCAAAAUAGUUCGUUGCCUGCUUUCGAACUGAAUUUAGAGAUCACAGAUGAGUCCCCUAUAGCUGCUCCGGUCGAAUUGUUUGAAACCUCUGUCAGACAAGAUCGCGAUAAUGACAAGGAACUGGCCACCUGUGAUUGUGUCGGUUGCGGGAAAACAGUCACAAUGGGUUUGGCCUAUAAGUGCCUACACUGUAAUAACGUCUAUAUUUGCGAUGAUUGUAAAGGAACAAACGAAAACCACAGCCUUCAUCUCUUGAUGCCAUGCCUUGUUUUAAUACUCGGGUCCGAAUAUAACUGCAAUAGACAAGCUGGUGUACCCGUUCAACUUGUAGAAGAGACUAGUGGCAAUGGAAAAUAGGGAUACUUCAACAAGCUAAAUACGCUGGAAUCACCACGUGUAA